UCAGCCGAAUAACACAGUGAGGUAUUGGUGUAAAAAGGGGGAUAAAAGUAGCAGUCAAACAAACAGCCGAUCAGCCAUGGGAACUUUAGGAAGAGCAGCUUACACUGUCGGGUUUUGGAUCCGGGAAACGGGUCAAGCGAUGGAUCGUCUCGGUUCACGCCUUCAAGGCAACAACUUCUUCAAAGAACAACUAUCCAGACAUCGGACUCUUAUGAAUGUAUAUGACAAAGCCCCUGUGGUUGCUAAGGAUGCAUUUGUAGCCCCAAGUGCUUCUAUCAUUGGAGAUGUUCAAGUGGGAGCAGGAUCAUCUAUCUGGUAUGGUUGCAUUUUGAGAGGUGAUGUGAACAGUAUUAGUAUUGGAUCAGGCACUAAUAUACAGGACCACUCUCUUGUGCAUGUUGCAAAAUCUAAUCUUCCUGGAAAGGUUCAUCCAACAGUGAUUGGAGAUAAUGUGACUGUUGGUCAUAGCGCUAUUUUACAUGGAUGCACUGUCGAGGAUGAAGCAUUUGUUGGUAUGAAGGCUACACUGCUUGACGGGGUAGUCGUAGAAAAGCAUGGCAUGGUUGCUGCUGGAGCCCUUGUAAGACAGGAUACCAGAAUUCCCAGUGGCGAGGUAUGGGGAGGUAAUCCUGCCAAGUUUCUGAGAAAGCUUACAGACAAAGAGAUAGCUUUCAUCUCCGAGUCGGCUGCCAACUAUGCCAAGCUUGCCGAAGUCCAUGCCACCAAGAAUGCAGAGCCUCUUGAUAAGACCGAGUUCUUAAAAGUGGUACAAAAGAAGGUCAGUGAAGCCAAGACUUUGGUUCAAUGAUUUUCUUGACGUUACUGGGAAAAAAGGUUUUCUCGUGAAUAAGUCUGUCACGAAGGUACUUAUUUUUGAGCUUCCUGGUGAGUUCGAUGUUGACGAAUGCCUGUCUUAAGCAAAGUUUAUGGAUAUUGGAUUAUCGAUCUCUCUUUUUUCAAAAUAAAGAAUAAACUUUUUAGGCUUAGAAGUGUUACCAGUUACACCUUGUUGUAUCGAUUGUUUACCAGUCUAACAUCGAAGAUUUAAAACGGAUCAGGUGUAAUUUAUGAGCUGGUCAGUGUGGAUUUUGAUUACACAUUCAAGUUAUUUGAAUCAUAUAGCCUAAAUCUUAUUGGCUUAACGCCUUAA